AUGUCUCCUACCCUCGGGUCUAACCAAACCUUUCCCACCUAUUUCAUAGGCCAUGCCGGUGUGGGUCUCCUUUUUGAGGAGGGACCUCGAAAUAAAAUUGCACAGGCCAACUUGAGGGAGAUUGGUGAAGAAAUUCUAGCCCUGUCGCCGCGUCCCAAAGCCAUUGUUGUCUUCAGCGGUCACUUUGAAGCAGGCGAGAUCCAUGGGCCCGGUGUACUUGAAGUGAAUGUCAAACGAGGAACACACAUUCAACAUGACUUCGUCGGCGAUUUACACGACUCUCAUCCAUUCGUCUAUGAAUACGACUGGCCGCAUCAGGAUGCGCCCGAGCUAGCGGUACAACUAUGGGAGCAUCUCCGCAAAGCAGGAUUCAAGACGAAACGAGUGGAGCGAGGAGUAGAUCACGGUGUCUGGGUACCUUUCAAGGUCAUGUUUCCGGAAGAGAACCCACUUGAUAUACCCGUAAUCCAAAUCUCUACAUUCCAUGGGUAUGAUCUCGCGAGCCAGAUUCGGUUGGGUCAGGCCUUACAGUCGUUACGGCAUGACGGUUAUCUCAUCAUAGGCUCAGGCAUGGCUGUUCAUUCGUUCGCGUCCCUCGAUGAGAUUAUAGAUGCUUCAACAGAAGAGGAGAGAGAAGUUAUCCGGGCCAAGGUUCUUACCGAGUCGAGAAAUUUCGAUACCAGUCUGAGAGAAGCAGUGACAAAGAAAGACGCAAAGGAGAGAAAUGAAGCACUGCUGAAGCUGGAGGACUUGUAUGAGUUCAAGCGCUCCCAUCCAACUGUCGAGCACUUUACACCACUUCUGGUUGCUGCGGCUGCAGCUGGAGAUGCACAGGUCGAAGCCCUAGGUGUAGACUUGGUCGACCCAGGCUUCUCCUAUCUCAAUCUACGUUUCACUUAG